AUGGGAUUAACAAGCGCAGUUGGAGGGCGCCUUCUGCUGCCCUUGAUCUCAUGCUUGCUAGCUUCUGGAGUAGUUUAUGUUAUUGGGGCGAUCAUCUAUCGACUAUACUUCCAUCCAUUAUCCAAGUUCCCAGGACCCUUUUGGGCGAAGAUUAGCAACCUUUACGGUGGUUAUCAUGCCUGGAAAGGGGAUCUCCAUGUUGACAUGUGGAGAUGCCAUGAGCAAUAUGGAGACUACGUUCGAUAUGCCCCUAAUCGAUUGAUGAUAAACACGAACACUGGAUUGAAGGAUAUUUAUUCAUACAGCAAGAGCUUUCAAAAGUCGGAAGUCUACCAUGCCAUGGUGCAUCGAGCGCCCAACACUUUGACGUGUGUUGAUAAGAAGAAACAUGGCCGGAAGCGGAGAAUCAUUAGUCAAGGCUUCUCAGAUUCUGCCCUCCGCGGGUUCGAAAACACAAUAUUGACACACAUCCGAAAGUUAUGCAACCAGGUCGAGGCCGAUGUUGCUCCACAGAAAAUGGACUCCAAGUCCGCUCCAUGGUCAGAAGGCCAGAACAUGGGAAAGUGGUCAAAUUACCUGACCUUCGAUAUCAUGUCCGACGUGAUCUUCGGCGAGUCAUAUGCGCUGUUGGAGAAGCCGGAUAAUCGGUUCGUGAUCAAAGCUAUUGAAGACUCCAACAUUCGCACCAGCGUCUUGGUUCAGGCGGCCGAGAUUGGGUUCCGUCGUCUAGAUCGAUACCUCUUUCCAGAGGCCAUUAUCGCCAGGAAUAAAUUCAUCUCGUUCGUCAGUGGGCUCCUCAAGGAGCGCAUGGCCGCGAAACCGAUCAAACGUCCUGAUGUUUUCUCGUUCCUGCUGGAUGCGAAGGAUCCGGAAACCCAGCAGGGUCUGGGUAUGGCUGAGAUAGGAGCCGAGAGCACGACGAUGAUUGUUGCUGGCUCUGACACGACCUCCACGGCGAUCGCAUCCUCGUUUUUCUACCUCAUGCACAACCCCGAAUGCUACCAGAAGGCUGCUGCGGAAGUGCGUUCUGUCUUUGCCUCACAUGAAGAUGUGCAUUUGGGGCCGGCACUCAACUCAUGCGUAUACCUCCGCGCAUGUAUCGACGAGAGCAUGCGCAUGUCGCCGCCUGCUGCCGUAGCCCCGUGGCGCGAAGUUCUUGAAGGGGGCGUUACCAUCGACGGGCACUUCAUUCCCCGCGGGUGCGAUGUGGGCACCUCUAUUUAUGCCAUUCACCACAACGCCGCAUACUACCCCGAGCCCUUCACUUUCAGUCCCGAGCGCUGGUGCGUCGAACCACCUGCUGGAAGUCUGAAGGCGCCAUCAGUCGUCCUCGCGCAGAGUGCCUUCAAUCCCUUCUCCAUUGGCCCUCGUGGUUGCGUGGGUAAGGGCCUCGCGAACACUGAGCUGAUGCUGACCAUGGCAACUAUGCUGUCGCGUUUCGACAUCAAGCUCGCCGAUGGCCCUGAAGGCAUCAUCGGCUGUGGGAACAGCGACGCCGAGUAUGGCCGGCACCGUGUUAAUGAAUACCAACUUGAUGAUCACAUCACAGCGGCAAAGAAUGGACCGAUAGUGCAAUUCCGCUCAAGGGCGUAA